AUGGUACAUUACUCCCCUUUAAGCAAUAAAACGAGCUUAGCAAGUAGCCCACGAAGUAAUUCUACCACCGGAUUCAAGGUCUAUGGUAGCGUAUUUAAAGUAAGUUCUCGUUAUCAGUUCCUUCAUGCAUUAGGAAAAGGCUCGUACGGCAUCGUUUGUGCGGCAAAAGAUUGUGAAACAGGUCAAUGUGUCGCUAUUAAAAAGGUUUCUCCAAUGACUAGGCGUACAGCUGAUGCAAAGCACACACUUCGGGAAGUGAUGUUAUUGCAACAUCUUGGUAAACAUCCAAACGUCAUCUCGAUUCAUAACCUUUUAGCUAAUUUUAAAGACGACGAAUUGUAUAUUGUUAUGGAUCUCAUGGACACAGACAUGCAUCGAGUGAUACAAAGCUCGCAGCCCCUUUCUGAUGCUCAUGUGAAAUACUUUCUACAUCAAUUAUUACGUGGUGUGAAGUAUCUGCAUGAUAAUGGUGUUUUGCAUCGUGAUUUGAAGCCUGGAAAUCUUCUGUUGAGCAAAAAUUGUCAAUUGAAAAUUGCCGAUUUUGGACUAGCACGUAAAAUUCCGCGAACUUCAGGCAGUAUUUUUGAACGUCCGCGAUCUGCUCCAGCAGCGAGUAUGAAAUCCAAUAGUCCAGAGCAACCUCCAAUGACCGAACACGUUGUUACGCGAUGGUAUCGAGCACCAGAGUUAAUGCUGCAACCAGAUGGAUUUUACGACCAAAGUGUAGAUAUGUGGUCUGUCGGGUGUAUAUUCGCGGAAAUUCUUGGACGCAAAGCUUUGUUUCCUGGUAAGAAUUUCUUACACCAAUUGAGUUUGAUAUUUAACAUCAUUGGAGCACCGUCACCUGAAGCCACAAUUCGAAUACAAAGCUCCCAAGCGCAGCGAUUCUUGAAAUCUAUCAGUAAAAAAGCAAAAGUUUCCUUUCAAACACUAUUUCCAACAGCUACAGAGGCAGCUGUUGAUUUACUCGAACGUAUGCUAGAAUUUGAUCCAUUGAAACGAAUUUCAGCUCAAGAAGCACUUGAACAUCCAUACAUGCAAGAGAUUGAGCAGAAGUAUCGACAUCGUGGUGAAGAAGACCCUCCUCCAUGUAUGCGAGGAGAUUUCUCGUUCGAUCUUAAAAGUCUCACGAAAAUGGAUUUACGGGCGCUUAUUGUUAAUGAGGUGGAACACCACAGGAAGGUGCGAUCAAAAAGUAUUGUUGCGAUAAAGGAAAAACGAAAAAAGCGUGAAGUUCACGGUCCAAACUAUUCCAAUUCUACAUCUUUUGCCUCUCGGGAUCGAAUGAGCGAAAUGAUAGGUCAAACACAAGAACAAAAUAACGAGCAAAAUGCUACGACUGUUGCUAGAUUUGGAUCAAAUCGGCAGCGAAUUCGGACGAGGAGUAAACCUCCUAUUCCAAAACAACGAGAAUUAGAUCUUUUCGCGUCAAAUCAGCAAGAACACGUCAAAGUUGUAGAUUCUCACUCGACAGUGUUGCUGAAUCGUGUACCCUUCCAAAUCUCUCGAUAUUCUGAAAAUGACGUUAAGGCUGAGACUAUGAUCAAACCUGUGCUUGAUCGAUCACAAAAGUCUUUGACGGUAGCACGAGAGUCUAAUCAAACAUGUUUGUUAGAGCGAACGGCCGUAUCCAGCAAACCAACUUCGACUAAAGAGCAUAAUGCUCAAGAGUCUGAUAUGAACACUCUUGGGCCUUCCAUCACUUCAAACCAGCGCACAAAGGCCUUAACUCCUGCACAAGUGGUCUCAAUGAGGAGUUCUUUGGUUCCAUUACACCAUUCUCAAGCAUGGGAAACGAAAGAGAAUAAAGAUUUAGAGCCUUCAGCAUCAAGUUUGUCAACGUCUUCUCUAAAGGAUCCUGAUGUAUGCACUGAAUUGAAUCGGGUCAAUCGAGUAGAACCCGCAGUUGUUAAUGAAAAGGCAAAGUCUGAUGAGGCGGUGGCUGCUACGAUAGCAUCUCGAAGAUCACGACGAGUUUGUUCGGCUGGCACUGCUAGAUCAAAGCGUUCGAGUGCUCAAACGGUAGCAAGAAGGUCAAGUUCCAGAAACGCUUAUGUAGGCUCGAUAAAUUCACUUAUCCAAGCUCAUAGAUCACAUAAUGAUCAAUCUUUGGCAGAUUUGGCUGACAAUAUGCUGGCGAUGAUGAGGCAAAAUGACGAACUUGGUCUUUCGAAGAAAGAAAACGAACUGUUAUGCAUCGAUGCGUUACGCAAGAGAUCCGAGCGGUUUCAAUCAAAAAUACUUGGUCUUGACAUCGUGGACAAAAAGCAUCAAAGUAAGAAACUUACAGUGCCAAAAAGUCCUAAAUUUUCAGUCAUGUCAUGGCAAAAGAAAUAG